AUGACAGUUAUUCUGGAUGACUACAAUACUAAGCAAUAUAUCACUAGCAUUCCUGAUAAGCUAAUCGAUGAUAAUUUACAAUGCCAUGAAUUCACAGAUCCUCCACAAGUCGUGAUCUUCAAACUUGCAACUGUAUUAUACACGGACAGUGAGAGAACGCCGUAUAUUUGGCAGCCUGAUUUGUCCAACACAUCAUCAAAUGUAUACAUUAAUCUAGCUCAAACAUUUUGCAACAAGAUUUUGGACAUUUUCAAUCUAUGGAAUCCAGUUGCUUCCAAAGGAGCUCGAUGCUACAAUGUUGUAUUCGUACCAGUUGAUUUUGUAAUUCUUGAGAAAAGACAGUUGAAUGUAACUGGUACUGAGCGACAGAAUGCCACUCAAGGUGUACAGGGGAACGCAGAUAUCGAUUUGAUGCCAACGAAUGAGACAAAUCUGAAUGAAACGCAGUUGGUUGAAAUCCUAUCCUCUGUUCAAAAUCAGUCAAAUGUAACUUCGGAUACAUAUUUUUUCAAUAUACAAGCAAUUAGGACUUAUCCAGAACCUACAGUGAUGAUGGUGUCAUCAGCACCUUUGGCACAGACGACAAGAGAAUUGCAAGAAGUAACUGAAAGUUUGUUAAACUUCACAUCAACAACUACGACUGAUGGGUAUUUUACUUCCCAAGUUUAUACAUCAGGUAUUUUCAACACUACAGAGACAAUAAGCACCACAGCCAGCUCAGAUACAGCUACAACAACAGCAGCGUUUGACAGUAAUUUAACCUCAUCUACACAAAGCGUUGACAUCAAAUUCACAAACACAUCAUUCACUUCAGCAUUACCCGUAACACCCAGUGAUGGGUUCUCAUGGGAGUUUUUCGAAAACACUUUACCACCAAGAGUUGACAAUCCUUUAGUUGGUGAAAUGAAGGCAUUCAUCUUUUCAGCAGAGACAUCACUUCCGAUAAACUGGACAGAUGAUUUAAUGAAUAAAUCCAGCGUACUUUACAAGAAUUUAGCAUCAGAAGUUAUUUAUUUAAUUUCAAGAAGUUUACGGUUGGGUGAUAGGGAAAUUUCGCUACUAUUCGAUAUCCUUAACACAACAUUUGUCCAAUCUGCCAUCCACUCUCAAUUAAUCAGUACGGAUCAAGGUGUAUUGGUGACAGUUACAAUGGAAUUCAUGUCACUUAAAGCUUCACGACUAAAUGACUCUGAGAUUACAAUGAUCUUCCAUGAUGGAUGGAGAAAGUUGAAUGUUACUUCUGGAAUAGUUUUAGAUAAUAUUCAAUUUUCGCGUUAUGUGAUAAUAACUACCUCUACUACUGCUACAAUAGAAACGCUUUCUAUCAGUCCAUCUGCAAGUUCUACUGAAGUUGUCUUCACGGAAACAGAAAUUGAAGAUUAUCUUAUCGGAGAUAUUCAUGCCAUUCUGUAUACAGCGGAAAGUUUGAUGCCAGUAGAAUGGUCAGAUAAUUUAACCGAUACUUUAAGCUUCCUGUAUACAAAUUUAUCCGGACAAGUUGUUUCUCUGGUGUCAAAAAGCUUACAAAUGGAUAAUUUAAGUACUUCAUUGAAUAUCACUUUCCUAAACACCACAUUUUUGAAAACUCUUGUCCAAAAUCAAAUAACCAAUUGGAAUUAUAGCACGAUGCCUGUAACUGUGAUACCUAAUAUAACAGGUGUUACUGCUAAAAUAACAGUGGAAUUUAACUCAAAAAUAAUAUCUAACCUAAGCGAUGAUGAGCUCACAAUAAUUUUGAAUGACGGAUGGAGGAAAACAAAUGUGACAUCGGGAGUUAUACUAGUCGAUAUACAGUUCUAUGGUUUUAGAAAAAUCAGCACUCCUGGAGAAGAACUUGAUCUAGUAACCACCACAUCAUCAAUGCAAACGGAAGUUCACCCACCGAUUCGUGAAGUGAUUCUGCAAUUUGAAAUCACAGCCACACUCCGUCAUGAUAUAUUCUCAGCACCACUAAAAUUUAUGGAAUAUAUAAAUAAUCCAAUGAAAAAUUUAUACAAUACAAUGGGAAAUUCAUUUUGCACUAUAAUCAGUAAUAGCAUACGAGCAGGCUAUCCUCUGCUCGAAAACUAUGCACCACAUAUAUAUAAGGCACUGUCAGUGGAAGGGAAAAAUAUGAAUGCAACUAAGACACUAAUUUGGAAUUAUUUGCAUGAAAAGGAAAUUGAAUGUAUAUUUAUCAAAUUCAAAAUUAUUGACAAAAUAAUUAAAGAUAAUCGAAUCUCUGAUCAUUUAUCGAAAUGGAGAAUGAAAAAAGCUGUACAAGCUAGUGCUAUCAUAUCUAUCAGUGUGCCGGUUACAUUCAAUUUCAACGAAACCUUACUUACACUAAUCUUGAAUGCUGGUUACAAUAAUUUAAGUCAUAUUUAUAUAUUUACAAUUUUUAAUAUUGAAGCACAUGAAAUAAGUGUUACAGAUGAAAUAAUCCGAAGUAGUGAAGUUACAGCAAGCAACCGUUUCACUCCGAAAUCAUUUUAUGAUAUGAUCAAUAUAACACUAAGUAUAGAAUUCACAAUUCAUCUUGAUGAAAUCCCGCUGAACAUCCGCUGGACUGAUGACCUCUUCACAAAGUUGAAUCCUGCACUACAAAGCUUGGCUGCGUCAAUUUGUGAAUUGGUUUUGAAGAGUAUACGCUUGAGUAAUGCCGAAAUCUCCCAAGAGAUGAUUUGCGUACAGGUUAUCUUCCUUGAUGUUACAAGAAAGUUGCAGGUGGAACGAUCAAAUAGUAGCAUAGUUGAGUAUCAUACUGUUGUAGAAAAACUUCGACAAAAUGUAACUCUUCAACUUAGUUUACGAGAAGAUAUGGAGCCAAGUGAUGCUGAAAUAAAAAGCAUGCUGAUCCACGGUCUCAAAAGUCUGAAUAUCACUAGGGAAUUACGCAGGAAGAACAUAAAUGUGUACCGGACAAGUUCAAAACAUUUACCGGAUGAAAUGAAAACAAGUGAAUCAACAGAGAAAACAUCGAGCACGAUAACAAAUCAAAAGCCAACGAUAUUGGACGUGGAAUUCGUGAUCUACAUCGAGGAGCUGUCUACACCGAUGCGUUGGACAGACAACCUGACAGAUCCAACGACUUCUGAAUUCAGAGGCCUGUCGAUUUCAUCUUGUGACCUGCUGCUACGAAGCCUACAACUGGCUGACGAAGAGAUAUCUCGAGGUGCCACUUGUGUCAAUGUCGUCUUCAUUCGAAUCCUUAUCUGGAUUGGGUUGAGUGUUGGGAACACAAGCACGGGAAUUGAGCAUGUGUCAAUGGACGGUGUGCAAGCUAUUGUGACCGUCGAGCUACUCUCACGGAAGGCCUCAGAGCUGAGUGACAAUGAUUUCACAGAUCUUCUGAUCCAGGGUUUCAGCAGGCUGAAUAUUUCCAGUGGACCGAGUCUGAGAAACGUCACAUCAUAUCAUCCGUCGGCAAGAAUUUCAACUGUGCGGAGCACACCUGAGCAGAGUGAUGCCAGUAUCUCAAGACAAUUCACUACACCGUCAUCGACUGCCACAAGUUUGGGUAGGUUCACAUUUACCUAUUCACAUUGUGGAUUUACUUGUUGUGAUAUUUUAGUAUUUUUGUUGGAAUUUUAA